AUGGCAACUAGUCUGGCCGAUCCUCGUGGCAACUGCUUCCGAGACGAUAGUACCCCCAAUUUGGAGGCCUCCUCAGAGGGGUCCAUUUUCGUUCCAGGAGCUCACUUCCAUUUGAAGGAAUCAUUUGGUCCCUCUACACGCAAGGUGGAUGAGUACUGGCGGUCAUCUUUACCCCUGGCACAUCGUCCGGCUCCCGACGAGGAACAACUCCGCUCUGGAGGCCCCAGGCUUUAUGAUCUGGACUCUACUAUUCAUGACUCGGUUGACCCCAGCUCAUUUGUCCAUGCAUUAUUGAGGACCUCGUCGAUGCCGCUCGGCCCUAAUCUUGGUUCAUACAGUGUUGAUGGUGUAUACGACCAGAAGUUCCCCUUGGUUGGCAUGGACAGAGUCGUUAAAGAAAAUACUGUCACUGGGACGAAGACCACCGGUUACUGGCCUCUCUUUGGAGCCCUGACGGCUGGGGUACACAUUAAUAAAGGCACGCAGUCGUAUUGGCGAGAGGUCUACGGCUUCAACGGUGCCUCACGGACAGUGAACUGUGACUCGGGGGAUGUGGUCAUUGGUGUUCGGUGGCGCUCCCACGCUAGGGAGGCAGCGAGGCGGGCGGCGGCAGCUACUGGACAGAAUGAGAAUGAUCAAGACAUGGAAGCCAAUAGGAAACUCCUCGAUAUUCCUGAUAUACAGUGUACGAAGUUGAUCACAGCCGAAGUGAAGGCGUAUGGGAUCGAUACCGUGUACCAAGUGAAGAACGUUACUUAUGAUACUGAUGAGCAGACUAGGGCUGAAAACACCAUAGCUAGUGUGAAGGAUGUCCAACAGUGCAUGCUGAGCUCAAUGGAGGGCUUCAUGAUCAAAACUGGCGAUGACUCUUCGAGGAGACAGGAGCUAAACACUUGUUCAGGACGACUCAAGGAGAGUGCCAUGCCCUCCAGCUUUAUAAGGUGGAUGCUUAGCGCUCGCCCGAUUAAAGCUGACGGGGGAACGGCUAGUCCUCAGAACCUCAUGGAAAUCGAUAUGGGAUAUAGGGCCGAUCCUGAUAUCGUGGCACAGAUCCUGGCUGGGAACUAUUCUUUCGACAAUGACAUGUUCGGUCCAACUAACAUAGAGUCCCCGGCAGCAGCCAGAGAGGAGGCGAUGAACAAGGCCCUGGGGGGAUUGAAGGAUGCCUGGAAUAUGGACAAGGUCCCAUCCAUUGAAUCGGUGAAGAGCAACUUACCAGAGAAACCAUGGGAAUCGUCUAAACUCAUUGUUGGCAGCGAUAAGUUCCUGGAGGGCACCAUGUUGGGGGGCCGUAGGGCGAUGGCGGUCACUGGGUUCACCAUGUCGACGGACGGAAUGCCGGAGUUUGUCUGUGGAAAAAUUGUUGCUUGUGAGAAGGGCACGUGCAAGGCCAAUGGUUGUGAGUGCAUGCCGGGCUAUGAGGGGCCCAAUUGUGACACUCGCACUGACCCGUGUCGCACUAAACCGUGCGGGCAGUUUGGUGAAUGCGUGGAGAACUUUGACAAACCAACUGGUUACGAAUGCCAAUGCCAGGCUACAUGGUUCGGCAUUCACUGCGAGACCACCACCAACAUGUGCCUCGAGAAGAUCCUACUUGAAAAUGAAACUGAUUGGAGAGUUCGUGACUGUGGGAAAGGCAACUGCGUAUCUGGCAAUGGACAAUACGAAUGUCGAUGUGAGGAGGGUUGGGAGCGGAGCACGCCUGGACUCGGUGGGAAGUGUGACCAGGAGGUACAAGACUGCGUAGGCCAAUGGGUCGGUAGUACAUGCAAUGAUGAAUGCAUGCAGGAGAUGACCUUCAAGAUCUUCCAGCCGGUACGUGGGUCUGGAACGCCGUGUGAGCAUCCUGCUGGCAAGAGUCGCACUGAAAUGUGCAGCUGGGGUGACUGCAAGAAGUGUAUGGGCAGAGACUGUAACGGUCGAGGAACCUGUGACGUGGCCACAGGGGUCUGCAAGUGCGAGGGGGCCUUUUCUGGUGAGAACUGUGAGCUCGAGAAGACUGAUUGCUCAGAGAGCCGCUGUAACGGUCAUGGAAACUGCGUGGAUGACGGGUGUCGAUGUGUCAAUGGGUGGACCAACGAGGGCCCUGACAAUGGCCCCCUUAAUGGGGUCUACUGCACUAGGGAUCCCUGUGAAGGUUGUCCAGUCGGGCAGUGUGAUGCAAGGACAGGGUUCUGUUCGUGUCGGUCUGGGACUUGGUCGGACGUGAGUAGAGCCACAGGGGAGCCGGCGUGUGAGCUUUCCUCAGGCAGCAUUGACUGCAUUGGCGAUUGGGGUCCAUGGAGUGAAUGCCAAUCUGACUGUCAGAGGCGACGGUACUUUAGUAUCUCGACACUGCCUCGUAACGGAGGUAAGCGGUGCCCAGCCAAGGGUGGCGAUGAGAUGCAGGAGGCUUGCCAGAUGGGAAGCUGUUGCCUAUUGAAGGAAGCUGACUGCCUCAACGGUGGAACUCUGAUGGCGUCGACUUGUGAUUGUUUGUGUGCGCCAGGGUUCCAGGGGUCACGCUGUGAAACUAAGGUUACCGACGCGGACCGAGUGCUUGAGCGAGAAGCAAUAAUUGACUUUAGCGGUGACCCGGUCAUACCAGAACAGGCUGAAGAGGAGCCCGAUGCUGCCAUGAACAGUGUUCAGAACAUGGUCGUUGAGAAGAAGUCGCCGGUGCUGCUUAUCCUCUGUGCCAUUCUGGUCUUCUUCAUUUUCGCGGGUGCGGCGUAUUACUACCAAUCGGAACAGCAGAAAAAACAAAGGUCCAACGAUGUGGACCCUGAUGCAUUCAUGGCAGAGUGA